UCUCAUUUUCCUUCUCCUGACGUUUCUCACCUGAUGCCGUACCGGCGGUGUGCGCGCGGACUGUGCGCGCACGUGCGCGCGCGCGCGUAACGACCCCGGACCCGAUCCACGUCUCCCACGAGACGUGGGGUGAUGAUGGCGCUCCUCGUGCGCACGCGUGCCAGUCGCAGGAGGUGAGAGAAAAGCAAAGCAAACAUUAGUGCGUCACAUCAAGUCCGCUAUGGCGCACCGGAAGUUGCCUCCGGACUCCAAACCUUUGUCCAAAGUCUACUUUCUGAUUUGGCUGCUGCUCAUCUUCACACCCAGAGUGGAUUCAUCGUGGUGGUACAUCGGCGCGUUGGGGGCGCGGGUGAUCUGCGACAACAUUCCGGGCCUGGUGAACAAGCAGCGGCAGCUCUGCCAGCGCCACCCGGAACUGAUGCAGUCCAUCGGGGAGGGCGCCAAGGAGUGGAUCAAGGAGUGCCAGCACCAGUUCAGACACCAGCGCUGGAACUGCAGCACCCUGGACCGGGACCACACCGUGUUUGGCAGGGUGAUGCUGCGAAGCAGCAGAGAAGCGGCGUUCGUGUACGCCAUCUCCUCGGCGGGCGUGGUCUACGCCAUCACCAGGGCCUGCAGCCAGGGCGAGAUCAAGAACUGCAGCUGCGACGGCCUCAGGCGCAGACAAGCCAGCGACCACCGGGGCGACUUCGCCUGGGGCGGCUGCAGCGACAACGUCAACUACGGCGUCAAGUUCGCCAAGGCCUUCGUGGACGCUCGCGAGAGGAUGGUGAAGGACGCCCGGGCGCUCAUGAACCUGCACAACAACCGCUGUGGACGCAUGGCGGUGAAGCGCUUCAUGAAGCUGGAGUGCAAGUGUCACGGCGUCAGCGGCUCCUGCUCCGUGAGGACCUGCUGGCUGGCCAUGUCCGACUUCAGGCGAACGGGCGACUACCUUUGCAAGAAGUACAACACGGCCGUGGAGGUGACCAUGAACCAGGAUGGCACGGGCUUCAUGGUGGCCGACAGGGACUUCAAAGGCAGCGCCAAGAACGAGCUGGUGUACGUGGAGAACUCGCCGGAUUACUGCCUCAUGGACCGAGCCACAGGAUCAACGGGCACGGCGGGCAGAGAGUGCAACAAAUCCUCCCAGGGCACGGACGGCUGCGAGGUGAUGUGCUGUGGGCGGGGCUACGACACCAGCCGGGUCCCACGCCGCAGACAGUGCGAGUGCAAGUUCGACUGGUGCUGCGAGGUGAAGUGUAAAUACUGUGAGGACGUGGUGGACGUCCACACCUGCAAGCCCCACGAUUGGUUGGUCCGAACCUAGAGACAGGAUUUCUUCCACUCUCAAACAUUUUCCCAGGAUCUUUACAGACUGAAAACUGGAAAAUAUGUCCAGUUAUUCAUUGUGAGCUGCUUUAUUUGGAUAUGGCUGACAAAUGUUUGACAGCACUAAUAUUAGCCAGAAUAUUUAGCACGCCGACAGAAAGAGAUAAGCCAGAGUGCGACGUUCCAUUUAAAAAGCGGUACAUAGCUGCUGAAAUGAAUGAAAUUGAAUUUCCUUGCUGCUAUCAUGGACUUUUAAUCCCAGAGAGACAUUGUUGCAAAAUCUUUGCAAAAAAACAAGUUCUUCAUGUUGACAUUGGACACUUUUUCUCCCACAUUCACUUUUUAUGCCUCAUUGAAAUCUUGUUCAUUUCUACCUCUGCUCUUUGUCUUUGCUUGUUUUGAGUCACACACACAACCUCAAGACACUUUUUUUUUUUUUCCCCCGUGGAUGUUUUCAUUUCGUGGUCACAAACUAAAUUUCCAAAUAUUUCGAGUAUUUAGGUUAGAAAAACUGCUAUUUUUUUUUUUUCAUGCACCAGCACAUGCGUUCCUUAGCUAGAAAAAACGAAGCACCGGGUUUGAAAUCAAGCCAAGACGUGGCAGACUUUUCAACAUCUGGUUCAUGCACGUCCUCUUAAGCCCCCAGAUAUCCAAACCUUACAAGGGCCACUAAACGGAUUUGACAACAAGCUGCAAAAUGCAAAGCGUCAACACAUUUUUUUCCCAAAUGCGCUGAGAGCCAAAGUAAAGUGUUUUGCAAAAGGCCAAAUAAGAAAAAGGGAAAGUAAAUGUUGAGAGUUUUCACUGUGUGUUUAUUGUACAACGGCGUGCUCGGUGGUCACAACAAACCAUCACACUUGCUAAGACACGCAUAAUGCUUUCAUCUGUAAUUGCUGCUCGUCAGGUAAAA